GUGAGCGGUACUCUCGAUUCGGAAAAUAGAGCCAUAGACGAAAAUGUCACAAAAUUGCAUUAUAACAUUUGAUCAAAACGAACAUGGCACUUAUUUUACGGGCCAAGUGAUAAGCGGCAAGGUGAUAGUUAAUUUUAACAAGACCAAAAAACUCCGUGGUAUCAAACUGCAGAUUAUUGGCUAUGCCUUGGCUCAAUGGCGGUUGAGGAGACACAGAGGAGCUGUGGCCAUACAGGACACAAAGAAGCGUCGGAAGAAUACCUAUCUGGGCAGGGAGGACUAUAUAGCCUCCACCACAUAUCUAAUGGGUUCGGAAAUGGGUAAAACAUUCAAUAUAGAUGCAGGCACUUAUACAUACACGUUUGCCUGUCCCAUACCAUCGAAUUGCCCAUCUUCAUUCGAGGGCGCUUUCGGACACAUACGUUACCUGGCCAAGGUGACAUUCCUCAAGGCUGGAGCCUCCAAUCGCACCCAUAAUGUGGGAUUUACAGUACUCAAGCUAUUGGACUUAAAUCAGGAAAGCAAAAUGCUAAGAGAACCGGCAAGCAAUGAUGCCUUGGAAUACUUUUGUUUUAUGAACAGUAAGCCGGUUCAUUUGAAGGUCACUCUGCAGCAACAGGGCUAUGUGCCGGGACAGUUUAUGUUGAUUCACGCCCAUGUGAGGAACAACAGCAACUCCAGCUGCAAGAAACUGUUAAUAAUGCUCCACUUAAGGGCCACCUAUACGUCUGAUCAACCCUCUAUAAGAACCACCUCGGAAAAGAUUAUGCUAGUCAAGAAGGAAUGUGGAUCAGUGGCUGAACAUUCCGAGAAAUCGUUUACAGAAACUCUGCGUAUUCCGGCCACAGCUCCCACCUGUGAGCAUCUUAGCAAAGUGGUGCGUGUCUCCUACGAAGUGCGAGUGGUGGCCGUAAUGAAUUGGCUGAUGGCGAAUCCAAGGGCUGUUGUACCCAUUACCAUAGGUAAUGUUCCCCUAACUGUGGCCAUGCCAAUCGGAGCUACUCCCAUGUCAAGUCAGGCUUCAUUGCCAGCCGAUUUGCCUUGCACUUCCGCACGUGCCAUGGAAAUGGCAGCAGCUGGACAGCAUAAUUUUGGCUAUGACCUCACAGAGGAUCUCGAAGAUUUUGCACUGCCCGACGAUGGGGAUGAUGAGUUCGAAACAGAAGAAGAAUGUGUCGGUGAUGUGGCUCCACCCACCUAUGAGCAAGCCAUGUUUAUGACUACCGACAUAGCCGAUACAGAUGUCAACACGGUCAGUGAGACAUCACGCUUCACUCCACGCUAUCCUGUCUUCGAUGUGGACACCUUCACCAGCCCGCCACCAAAUCCACCACAAAAGAAAAGACGUCGUCGUCGCCGGCGACCUAAUAACCCGGGCCUGGAGAAACGUUCGCCGGAUAAUCGACAACAAGAACAACAAAAGGAGCCCGUCGAGUCUCCCGUUCAGAUCUGAAUUGUACCUAAAUAUACAUACACACAUAUAUAUAUAAAUGCCAGUAAAUGCUUAUCACAAGAUAUCAUCAUGAUAUCUUAUCAUUCCAGUAUUUGCAAGUUUUGUUCUAGUGAUGAACACCCUGUGCAUUCUUCGCUCUUUAUAUAUACCCGUGUUCAUUACUUAUAUGAAGAA